AUGAAGAACGUCCUACCGAAGUGUCUUGUACGAGAUGAAGAACGUAUUGAAAAUGAAACGAAUGUAUGGCGUGAGAAAAAUAUACAGCAAAGUGCUGAAGAUACUAGUCAUAAAUACAAUUACAGACAACAACCUCAUCUCACCAAUGAGCAUAAAUACAACUACAGACAACAACCUCAUCUCACAAAUGAGCAUAAAUACAACUACGGACAGCAACUUCAUCUCACAAAUGAGCAUAAAUACAACUACAGACAACAAUCUCAUCUCAACAAUGAGCAUAAAUACAACUACGGACAACAACCUCAUCUCAACAUUGAGCAUAAAUACAACUAUGGACAGCAACCUCAUCUCAACAAUAAGCAUAAAUACAACUACGGACAACAACCUCAUCUCAACAAUAAGCAUAAAUACAACUAUGGACAACAACCUCAUCUCACAAAUGAGAAUAAAUACAACUACAGACAACAACUGCAUCUCACCAAUGAGCAUAAAUACAACUACAGACAACAACCUCAUCUCAACAAUGUGCAUAAAUACAACUACGGACAACAACCUCAUCUCACAAAUGAGCAUAAAUACAACUACGGACAGCAACCUCAUCUCACAAAUGAGCAUAAAUACAACUACGGACAACAACCUCAUUUCAACAAUAAGCAUAAAUACAACCACAGACAACAACCUCAUCUCAACAAUGAGCAAAAAUACAACUACGGACAACAACCUCAUCUCAACAAUAAGCAUAAAUACAACUACGGACAGCAACUUCAUCUCAACAAUGAGCAUAAAUACAACUACGGACAGCAACUUCAUCUCAACAAUGAGCAUAAAUACAACUACGGACAACAACCUCAUCUCAACAAUGAGCAUAAAUACAACUACGGACAACAACCUCAUCUCAACAAUGAGCAUAAAUACAACUACGGACAACAACCUCAUCUCACCAAUGAGCAUAAAUACAACUAUGGACAACAACCUCAUCUCAACAAUAAGCAUAACUACAACUACGGACAACAGCCUCAUCUCAGCAAUGAGCAUAAAUACAACUACGGACAACAACCUCAUCUCAGCAAUGAGCAUAAAUACAACUACGGACAACAACCUCAUCUCAACAAUAAGCAUAAAUACAACUAUGGACAACAACCUCAUCUCACAAAUGAGCAUAAAUACAACUACAGACAACAACCUCAUCUCACCAAUGAGCAUAAAUACAACUACAGACAACAACCUCAUCUCACAAAUGAGCAUAAAUACAACUACGGAAAGCAGCUUCAUCUCACAAAUGAGCAUAAAUACAACUACAGACAACAAUCUCAUCUCAACAAUGAGCAUAAAUACAACUACGGACAACAACCUCCUCUCAACAUUGAGCAUAAAUACAACUACGGACAGCAACCUCAUCUCAACAAUAAGCAUAAAUACAACUACAGACAGCAAUCUCAUCUCAACAAUGAGCAUAAAUACAACUACGGACAACAACCUCAUCUCAACAAUGAGCAUAAAUACAACUAUGGACAACAACCUCAUCUCACAAAUGAGAAUAAAUACAACUACAGACAACAACUACAUCUCACCAAUGAGCAUAAAUACAACUACAGACAACAACCUCAUCUCAACAAUGAGCAUAAAUACAACUACGGACAACAACCUCAUCUCACCAAUGAGCAUAAAUACAACUACGGACAACAACCUCAUCUCAACAAUAAGCAUAAAUACAACUAUGGACAACAACCUCAUCUCACAAAUGAGAAUAAAUACAACUACAGACAAUAA